AUGGAACCAGAAGCUGAAGGCCCAGACAACAAUGAUAACUUGGUCCCUUGGUCAGGUUCAGAUGGUUCCCAGGAACUUUGUGAGUCCUACAAUGAAGAUGAAGCCAGUGAUGCAGAGUACCCUCUAGACCCUCUAGACCCUCUACCUGCUCGCAUCCUGAAGUCUGAUCUCGAGUCCCCAGAACGCCUUCAGUCACAAGACUGGGAAUCUGCAGGUGAGCAACAGUCCCUGCCUGAACUUAGCGGAAGUGAAGAGGAUGUUUCAUACCAAGAAGAGGAUGACAUCUACCUUAGUGGAUCAAGAGAGUCCAUUACAGAGUCUCCUCACAUCCAACCCUCACCAACAUCACCAUCCCCACACCCAGAGCUCCCUGAGUCCGAGCCUUGCGGCGGCCAGAUAUCGCGACCCCGUUCCCAGUCCUCUUCCUCCUCUCUUGGCUGUGCAGCUGACAUGACCCUGGCCCUGACCCUGACCACAGAGCUGCCCCUGGGAGCCAGUAAUAGGCAGGGUCAAGGCACUGGGAACAGGAGGGUUGAAUCUUCAGAGGAAGGAGGGAGUAGUGAAGCACCUCCUGCUUCUGUCUUCUUUGGAAUUUCAGACGAGGCUGCUGAGCCGGCAGAGAAGUGGAACUUGGAGUCUGACACAGAUCUGUGCAGACCGGACAGGCACAGGGCGAGGUCCACACGGCUCAGUCGCAGCGAGAGCCAAUCAGAAAGACACGUCAAGGAGACCAAGUCCAAAUGUAAGCGAAUUGCUCGGCUUCUAACGGAUGCACCCAACCCUCAAAAUAAGGGCGCCUUGCUGUUUAAAAAACGCCGCCAGAGGGUCAAGAAGUAUACACUUGUGAGUUACGGGACUGGUGAGAACAAGCUUGAAAGUGAAGACCAAAUAGAGGAGGAAACCGAAGAAGUCGAAUCAGUUGGUUAUAACUUUGUGGCCACAAGUGAAUCAGAGUUAGAAGAGGAGUAUUCUGUUUAUCACCAGCAGCAUAAUUUAAGUCUGAAUUGGGGAAGUGUUCGAGAAAUGGAAGAGCUAUCAGACACGAAGGGAAAGGGUGGUAUGAUGUUUGCCCAACGCCGCAAACGGAUGGAUGAAAUGGCGUCGGAGCAUGAAGAGCUGAGGAAUAAAGGAUUACCUGUGGAGAGAUUAACAGAACCUGACCGUACAGAAGCACAGAAUAUUUAUGACACUGAGGAAAUGUACGAGCAUACUGAUCAGGCCAACUACAUGGAUGCAAAUCUCAAGCAGCAUGUAGAAUACCAAGAAAAUAUUCAACAGAUGAACCACCUAUCCAACGUGCCAAGACCCUUGGUGCCAAACAGAACUGCGAAGCCUUUCCUAGGAUUUCACGUCAGCGCAACUGCUCCUGUCGCGCCUGGUGGCGUCGUUCCAGUGACAAAGAAGCACGAACCGAGAUUCAAAGUACCUGUGCCUAGUAACACUAAUCCGAUGGUUUGGUCCCCAACUGGAGAAAUCAUAGCCUCAAGAGAUGAGCGAAUAUCUGUGCCAGCAAUAAAGACCGUCAUCCAUCAAAGGAAAGCCACUAAUAAACAGGCAUCAAUGCUGGCGCAAGGAUCAGGUCAUCACCUUCAAAACAAAGGGGAACGGAGGUCUUAUAUUGAGUCAGAGGAAGACUGUUUUAGUCUAGGUGCUGAAGCUUGUAACUUCAUGCAACCCAGAACAAUAAAACUCAAGAAUCCCCCUCCAGUUGCCCCAAAACCUACCAUCAACCCAGCCUGCCCACCUUGGAUGAGGAGGAGCCCCUCUGUUGAGCCCUAUAUCCCACCAAGAAGUCCGGCUACACAACCUGCUCACAGUCCUGUGGGGCCUCAUAGUCAGCAUUACUUACAGCAGCAAGAAUGGGCUCAAGCGCAACAGAUGGCCAACCAUUGGGCACCAGAUCAAACUGCGGCAGCACUUCAAACACCUGCCAAUGCCUGGGCUCCCGUCAACUCCUCUUCUCAGCUUCAUCUUCAGCCAAAAACAAAUAGCUGGAGUCAGCAGCCAUCACGAUCCCCUGUGAGUAUGCAGGCCCGCAGUCCCACUUACAGCCCACAUCACCCACCUUCACCCUCAAGAAAUAAGUUAGACAGUGCACACUCAGUUGCAUCUUGCCCACCACAAGCAGGGAAGUCAGACGUUCAAGCACCGAAAGCAUCGCAGGCUUCUCCAAAGGGCCGAGUCUCAGACAGAGGUACUAAUCGGGCCGGUGAUGGUCCAACUAUGGCGGGGAAAGGUGCAGAGUUGUUCGCCAGAAGACAGACCCGUAUGGAGAAGUUUGUUGUCGAUGCUGACUCGGUGCAAGCUAACAAAACAAGAUCCCCCUCCCCAACCCCGUCACUCCCUAGCUCCUGGAGGUAUUCUUCCAUUGUUCGUGCCCCACCUCCUUUAUCAUACAAUCCCCUUCUUGCUCCUUUCUACCCUCCAUCAGCAGCCAAGCAACCCCCUUCCACAAGCCCCAAAAUCAAGCCUAAGACCAAAGCGAAACCUAAAGCAGCAGCCCCAAAGCACCUCAACCCUUUAGAUAUUAUGAAGCAUCAGCCUUAUCAGUUGGACUCGUCACUAUUCACGUAUGAUGCAGUCCCUGAGGCCAAAAGCCCAAUCCCAAGCCCCAAACCUACUCCAGCAUCAAAGUUUGAGGCUACCAAAAUCCUGAAACAUAGAUUUGCCCUUUCUCAUUCUCCUGAUAAUGCCUCUGAGCUUGUUGAUCAAAGCAGGGCAGAAGUCUCUGCUAAGUCUACUGUAUCGGUAAGUUCCCCAAAUUAUUCUGCCCGCCAAAGCACAAGAUCAGCUGAGCCUCUUGCAACUGACAAGCGCUUGGAUGAAAAGCACACUGUCACACUUGCAGCCCAUCACAUAAGCAACAAGCAAGCACAAAGCGCCCGACCUGCAAGCGCAUCCUCCCAGCAUUCAUCUAUUGGUGACAGCAUAGCUUCAGCUUUUUCUCCUGCAUCUCUUAUUGCUAGAGGCGCACGUCAAAUGGCACCUCGCCCAAAGUUUUCUGCAAAGAAGCCAGUGGUGACAGCCAAACAGUGGAGGGCUGUUGCUACGCUUCAUUAGCUCUAAUACUGUAUAUGGUCAUGCUUUGGUGUAGUCACCACUGACACGAUAGAACACAAUUACAUCAGCGACCCGGUAGCGUCUAAAAUAUCUUACUUAACACGUCGGAAUGUAUAGACUAUUUGUCUAAAUGUAGGUCACAUCCGAAAUAGUUUACAGUGUGUGCAGCUUUCAGGAUAUAUUUAGCUGGCAAUGUAAGGAAGACAUGUUGAAUGUACAACAAAGCUAGGUUUAAAUUGUAAAUUAAUAGAAUAUAAAAUAAAAUAAAUACAUGUGCUUGAAAAAAAGGAAAUGUGAGACGAAAUAAUGUUGAGUGAUUCUCAGGAAGUGCUAUUAUAUGUGCAAUAAUGUGUGCAGAGAGCCUUGUUGAACUGAGGUCUCUAGUUUAAGUUGUUUUUCUUUCUUUAGUUAGAAGUAUCUAGUAGUAGUCAUCACUGACCCCAAAAACUAUACACAACAAUAACAUUUAUUAAUACAUUUAUUUAUUAAAUUAAGUAAUAUACUUUUCAUGAUUCUGCCAUCGAGAUAACUCACGAUUAUAUUUACUGAAUAUUUUUGAUCAUUUAGUGUGUCUGGGGAGAAACUGUCUAUGCACGUCUUCUUUUUUUGGAUACAAACAAUUUGCAAUUCCUUCAGUUUCAUUCCAAACUUUAACGGCAUCACAACAGCUAAAAGCACAAACUUGAGUUGUGAUUAUUAACCCUGAUGACUUAAAAUGUUUUUGUUUUUUUUAUGUGGAUAUAUUCUCUGCAGUUGUCAGCUAUGGCCAGUUAUUGAACUGUCGGUAAAGUCCUCACACAUUCUGGAUCCUCGUCCGUGAUGUAAAACACGAGUCAUCACAGAGAUUUGACUAUUUAUUCACAUUGCCAGUAGCAACUUAAAACGACAAAAGCAAACGAUUGUCUUAUUUGUGUUUAUGUCUCUGUCUUUCAAACAUAUCACUGUUUAUUGCACUUCUUGUUCUCAGCACAAUCAUGCUAUUAAAUUUCUCUUUCCCUCUA